AUGUACCGAAUCGUCGGCGUUAGUCGGUCGAGAAGGCAAAACGACGAGAUGCUGUUCCGAGCGGCGAAGACGGUGGUAUGCUGCACUCUCGGGCCCAUCGUAUGGGGAUUGCUGUCUCUGCUCUUCCUGCUCCUUAUCGCCCUUGGAAUCACGGCACUUGUGCUCUACUUCGUGUACAAACCGCAGCUACCUGAGUGCGACGUACAGAACGUAACAGUAAACAGACUGAACGUCACUCGCCUGACUUCGUUUCCCUUCAACGAAACGGCCUACGCAGCUCUAGCCACCUUGAGCGCCGCCGACAGAGCAGCCGCAUUGGGCGUCCCAGGCAACUACAGCGCCAAAUCAACUGACCCAUCCUCGCCAUCAGCAUCUCCGAAAUUAGCAUCUCCACUAGAUGCUCUCGGGAAUGCCACCGUGCCGCCAAGGCUCGGUCUGAAUGCUGACGUGGGAUUCACGCUGGAGACGCGGAAUCCGAACAAGGUCGCCAUUGAUUAUAAAUACGUGAAUGUGUCGAUUAUUUACAGAGGCGUCACUGUGGGAAACUCGUCGAUUCCGCCAUUCACGCAGCAGGCGCAGACCAACACGAGUGUGCCAGCAGAGCUCCUAGUACUAGACUUCCCGCUCGAUAUAGUCACGGGGCCUGUCAUGCUGGCAGAUUUGAACGCUGGAAACGUUCCUCUACAGUUGCUGCUUCAACUAGGGGCAAGGAUCAACAUUUUAGGGGUGGCAUCUCCGUUUGCUCUGGUCGGUUUGUUGUGCGAUGUCACAGCUGAUCCAAUAACGCGGACAGCCCCUGCUCGUGGCCGCACAAGCAACAAGAAGCGCAAGGACGACGGAGACCCUGGAUCCAGCAAGGGUGCGGCAAAGAAAAAGGCGAAGAAGGCGCCGAAUCCUGACGACAUCAUCGUCAACGAGGCGUUGGGCAGCGACGAUGAGAGCACCACCGAUGUCUCCGAGGACAUGUCCCUCGGGGGGACCACAGGCGACAACACGCGCCUGCUUCGGAAGGCUCCAGAGGAGGAGGAGGAGGAGGAGGAGGAGGAGGAGGAGGAGGAAGAGGCGGAGGAGGAGGAGGAGGAGGAGGAGGAGGAGGAGGAGGAGGAGGAGGAGGAGGAGGAGGAGGAGGAGGAGGAGGAGGAGGAGGAGGAGGAGGAGGCGAUGCAGGCGGAGGACGUGCGGGAGGUGGCCGUGGCAACUGGCCUGGAGGUGCUGUACCAGGAGACCCCCAACUACCGCCGAGCGGCGGCCGAGGCUGACCGCAUGAUCGAGCCAAGGGAGACGGCUAGGCAUGCCUGGCGAGUGCCAGACCUGGGCGUAGAGCCUGUUGCUAGUGCUGCAGAGGAGGCGGUUACUGAGGGGGGUUAG